GUGGUUUUUCCCCAUCAUUGGCCACAUGGGCAUCUGCACAUCCACCGGAGUCAUUCGGGACUUCGCUGGCCCUUACUUUGUUUCGGAAGACAACAUGGCCUUUGGAAAGCCUGCCAAGUUCUGGAAAUUGGACCCUGCGCAGGUAUAUGCUAGUGGGCCCAACGCAUGGGACACAGCUGUGCACGAUGCCUCUGAAGAAUACAAGCACCGAAUGCACAAUCUCUGCUGUGACAACUGCCACUCACACGUGGCAUUGGCCCUGAACCUGAUGCGAUACAACAAUAGCACCAACUGGAACAUGGUGACACUCUGCUUCUUUUGCCUGAUUUAUGGGAAGUAUGUCAGUGUUGGAGCCUUUGUGAAGACCUGGCUGCCCUUUGUCCUUCUGCUGGGUAUCAUCCUGACCGUCAGUCUCAUCUUCAACCUGUGGUGAAAACUUUUAGAUGGUCUAAGCCCACCAGGUCCCUAAGGAGUCUCCACCACCCCCCUGGUCCAGUUCUUUUGCCCCCCCCACCCCCUCUGGAAGUAGGGUCAGGGCUCCGGAUGGAAGUGCUGAAGUAGAGUAUGAGAUAAGGCCACUUAGAGCCUCCUUGUCCUCUCCCUGGGCUUGUGACCUCACCUUUGUGGCAUCCCCAUUGCUGUCCUGGGAAGGCCUGCCUUUAGAGCACCUACUGCCACUGGGCAAAGCUGUGUCCAGAGCUGGAUUUGAAGCUGCUUUCUGACUGGUAGCAUCCCAAAGUUGGGUGUGGUGUUCUCAGAAGCACUGCGAGCCAAGAGACUUGGAACCUUCUCUGCUGGCCUAGAACGGACUGGAAGGGCUAGCCAGGCUCUUCUGAAGUGUAUACCCCAUUGCCCCUCAUCUGGGCCCUGGCUAGCAAGGUGAAUGGCCUUACAUGCAGAGUGGGUCCCCUGUAAAUCAGGUAAUGUGAACCCCACUUAUUUCCAGCCCAGGGAGUCCUCAUGCUGGUGAUAGAACCCCUUAUGUACAAAGUGAGUAACCCAUCAGAGCAGCUGGUGGCACCAUGGAUCUGCUGGGUCUACUUCCGGUUGCUGCAAUGAACCCUGUGCAGCCUGCCUUACCCCCUGCUCCUUUAUAAGGGGCUCCCUGGCAGGAAAUAAAGUGUCAAGUCAG